AUGGAGCAACGCAGCGGACGAACCUUCAUCGUGGUGGCUCACCGUUUGUCCACCGUCAAAGAUGCAGAUCGCAUUGUUGUUCUCAGCUCUGGCGAGUGCGUGGAGACGGGGAGUCACGAGGAACUGCUGGCGAAGGGCCAGGUGUACAAGGACCUGGUCCAACGUCAGCUUGAGAGGAUUGAUUCGAUCUCUGAUUUUCCUUCGCAGGUGUGCACAGGAACCUAUGCAGAGCAUCAGAAGGACCUAUACUGCGGCCGUUGGGGCUCAAUCUUGGCGAGUUACGUCUGGAGACGAUCUCACGCACAGGCGGGAGGAAAGCACGCAAAGGCUGCUGCUGUGGUAAUGGAACAAGGCGAGAAAGGAGAAGGCAAAGGCGGAGGCAAAGGUCGCAGACGGCCAGCCUCCCGCGGCCGGCCGAAGGAGGCCGAACCGCCGAGCCCGCCCGUGCGCCGCAGCUCCUCGGCCCCUGGGAGACCUCGCGAGGAGCCCCCGAUCCAGGAACCGGCGGGGCCGAAGCGCCGACCUCGCCGGGCAUCCUCCACCGCUUCGCGGGGAGCCAGAAGGCCCCCUCGGACAGAGAGGCCUCGGGCGAAUUGGGGACAUCCGGAAGGGAAGAAGUUCGAAGAACUUGAAGCAGAGUCUCGAGUCGACGGCGUGGUCGUGAAUGUCGGUGAUUAUGGUGUCUUUGCUGACAUCGGCUACGAACAGAAUGCCAUCCUGGCCAUUCCUCGUAGGUUUUGGCGCCGAUUUCGACGUGGCGAUGUGCUGGAGGCCAUGGAGGUCGUCUCUGUGGAUCUUGAACUCCGACGCGCCACUGUGACAGUGGCGGAUGUCGAAGAGGCACUGAAGCCGAGCAGAAUUCCGCUGGAGGAGCUGCAGGAGGGCAGCUACUUGAACGGUGUAGUGGACACCAAGAACCAGUUUGGCAUUUUCAUCAAUGUGGGCUGUGAAGCCUGCCACGGAAAACUCCAGCUCCCGCGCUUCAUGGGCAACCAGCUUAUCCGCGGACAGGUUCUACGCGACCUUUGCGUGGCGACGGUUGACCUGGAGAAUCGACGUGUUCGUUUGAUCAUGGAUGAUGUGGACGGUGCCAUUGCAGAUCCCGAGAUGGUCUCCCUGGCAACGCUGAUGGCAGAUGCCGACAGGGACACGAAGGACCCCAAAGCAGAU